ACACACACACCCUUGACUCCCCCCACUUGCACCUCAUCACUCCUUUUAUUUUUCUAUAAUAUUCUGCUCCCACCUCCCACCCAUACUUGCAUUACAAUAGCCAGGUAGAUUAGUCAAAUCCCAAACAUGGCUUCAUCUUCCUUAGCUUUCCCUUCCCUUCAAACCCAAUUCCAGUCACUAAAAAAGCCAUCUAGUCCCAAGCCCUCCACUCGUCGCUUCUCUGUCCGUCCGAUCAGAGCAUCAAUAUCAGAAAAACCAUCAGUUCCAGGUCCGCCCGCUACUGUUUCACCAUCUGAACCAACCAAACUCCCCAUCCGCAAAAUCCCUGGUGAUCAUGGGCUCCCUCUUAUUGGUCCCUUUAAAGAUCGCAUGGAUUAUUUCUAUAACCAAGGCAGAGACGAGUAUUUCAAAUCCAAAAUUCAAAAAUACCAAUCAACGGUGUUUAGAGCUAACAUGCCGCCCGGUCCUUUUAUUGCUCCAAAUCCACACGUCGUGGUUUUACUUGACGGAAAAAGCUUUCCGGUUCUAUUUGACGUGACAAAAGUUGAAAAGAAAGAUCUUUUUACAGGUACUUUCAUGCCUUCAACAGAACUCACUGGUGGCUACCGAGUUCUGUCCUAUCUUGACCCGUCCGAACCAAAACACGCCAAACUGAAACAACUCAUGUUCUAUCUCCUCAAGUCACGCCGUGAUCACGUAAUCCCUGAAUUCAAUGCCAGUUACACAGAACUCUUUAUGAGUCUUGAAAAAAACUUGGCUCUCGGAGGGAAAGCUAGUUUCGGUGAAGCUAAUGAUCAAGCAGCUUUUAAUUUCUUGGCUAGGUCUUGGUUUGGUACUGAUCCGGCAGAGACCACACUUGGCCUUGACGGACCCGGUCUAGUUUCAAAAUGGGUGCUCUUUAACCUUGGUCCAGUGCUCAAACUCGGUCUUCCAAAAUAUCUUGAAGAUCUUACCGUCCAUUCCUUCCGUCUACCACCAUCACUAAUUAAAAAAAGCUACCAGCGUCUUUACGAUUUCUUCUACGCUUCGUCAGGCUUCCUGCUCGACGAAGCAGAAAAUUUAGGAAUUUCACGUGAGGAGGCAUGUCAUAAUCUUCUUUUCACCACAUGCUUUAAUUCAUUCGGUGGGAUGAGGAUUUUAUUUCCAAACAUGAUGAAAUGGCUAGGCCGUGCCGGGACCAAACUCCACGCUCGAUUAGCCGAAGAGAUCAGAUCAGUGGUCAGAUCCAACGAUGGAAGUAUUACAAUGCGGGGCAUGGAAGAGAUGCCAUUGAUGAAAUCAGUAGUCUAUGAAGCACUCCGAAUUGAACCACCAGUCUCGCUACAGUUCGGUAGAGCAAAGCGUGAUCUGAUAAUUGAAAGCCACGACGCUGCUUUUGAAGUCAAAGAAGGGGAGAUGUUAUUCGGGUUCCAACCAUUCGCUACCAAAGACCCGAAAAUAUUUACCCAAGCCGAGGAGUUUGUCGCUGACAGGUUUAUUGGGGAGGGAGAGAAGAUGUUGGAGCACGUGCUGUGGUCUAACGGGCCAGAGACAGAGAAGCCGACGUUGGGAAAUAAACAGUGUGCAGGGAAAGAUUUUGUGGUACUCGUGUCUAGGCUGUUCGUGGUGGAGUUGUUCUUAAGGUACGAUUCAUUCGAGAUAGAGGUUGGAACGUCGCCCUUGGGAGCAGCUGUGACGGUUACUUCAUUGAAAAGGGCAAGUUUUUAGAUAAUUGGAGAUUUUUGUGUCUUGUGAGGGUAGUUUUGGGAGACGAGUUCUUAUAGUGUAUGAUAGUUUUUUGGGGGGGUAAAGUUACCCCAUGCUUUCCGAGACAUCAAUCUCGUGAUGUCGAGGUCCUUUUCUUAGCUAAUUUAAUUGGAAAAAAGUGAUAUAACAGUGUACCAUAUGGUGAGCAAUAAUAAUGAAAUGAAGCAGCAUCUUAUUGUUGGAGAAAAA